AAACAUGUUACAAAACGUUGCUCACCAAUUUUGGAGAGCAGGACCACUCAGUGUGGCCAUACGUAAACUAUACAAAACAAUAAAUCUAUUAUAGCGUGAACUGCGUAUCCUCAAUGAACUUAAGAAAAACAAAUGUCCAUAUUCUCCUGUCGUUCUUGACAGCGGUCGUGUUGCUGAUCUGCCAUUUAUAGUAAUGAAUCUUUUGGAUCGUAAUCUCGAAAAACUACGAGAGCAAGUAACAUCCUUCAAACCGUCAACUGCUUAUUAUAUUGCUCACGAAGCAAUUUCAGCUAUUGCGUUUCUCCAUUCCUGCAAAUAUGUUCAUCGUGAUAUAAAGCUUACAAACUUCUGUAUUGGAGCAGGUCCAUUAGCAACACGCAUAUUCUUGAUCGAUUAUGGUGACACUGUAAAGCCGGGCAAAAAAAUAAGAUAUGGAACUCCUGACGCUUACACUUUACCUUACUGGAGCUUGGAUGCGCACAAACGUCUUGCCGCUCGCGAAAAGGGGGAUGCUGAAUCAUGGUUCUAUAUGCUAAUCGAUCUGUGA